AUGACUAGCAGCACUGGUGUGAAUGCUGGAUACUGGUACUGGAAGGGUGAGUUGCAGCCGGACAGCAUAGAUUCCAGCCUUUUCACCCAUCUUUUUACUGCCUUUGCCGAUGUCAACCCUGGCACCUACAACCUCAGGUUUCCUCCCGGGUAUGAGACUCAAUUUCAAUCCUUCGCAAAAACCGUGAAGAGCAUCAACUCUGAUGUUAAAGCCAUUUUAUCCAUCGGUGGAGACACUGAUCCUUCCAUUUUUGCCACAAUCGCUAGCGAUUCUAAUUACCGUAAAACAUUCAUAGGUUCCUCCAUUGAUGUAGCCAGGGAUUUCAACUACGAUGGCCUUAGCCUGAACUGGCUGUAUCCCGAUCAAACGACCAACCUUGUCACACUCCUCAAAGAGUGGCGAGCUACCCUGAACGAUAAGGCGCCUAAGCUGCUUCUAACCGUUGCCGUAUCUGACAACCCAGAGGAUUAUCCCAUUCAGGAUAUCGAGGAUAUCGUAAAUUCCUUGGACUGGUUCAACGUAGUGGCCUAUGACUUGAAGGCCCCUGUUACCUCACCCAAUUCCAUUUUACCGCUUGCUCCAUUUCUCAAUCCAUUACCCUCUGCUCUAAUUCUUAGCGUGGCCCAAGUCAUCGAUUUUUGGAUCUCUAAAGGCGUGCCGGUCAACAAAUUAGUCAUCGGCCUUCCAUUUCAUGGCCGCAGUUGGCUUCUGCAAAAUGCUCAUAACCACGAAAUAUUCUCAGAUGCUAGUGGAGCUGCGACUGAAGUAAGUGACCCCAUACUUUAUCGACAAAUCCAGGAACAUAUUAAAACAGAACGUGGCGUAGAAGUGAUCGAUCACAACUAUGUCGCACAGUAUUGGUAUUUUGGGACAACGUGGAGUGGUUAUGAUGGUAAGGAUAUCAUCUCUGAUAAGGUUACAUAUGUCAAGCAAAAUAAAUUGCUUGGUUAUUUUGCAUGGCAUGUGGACGGCGACGACUCUGACUGGGCUCUUUCAAACCAAGGUAAUUAUUAA